UGCAAAAGCUCAAGCACAACAGAGACGCACUGUGGACUCAAAAUACUACUACUACUACACAUACUUCCCUUCUUUUUUCAUUAAUAUCUGUUCACGAUGGUGCAGCAUAAGGAGUUCCUGAAGGCGAAGGAGGUCGGGCUGCACAUCUGGAGGAUCGAGAACAUAGAGCUGGUGCCCGUGCCGGAGAAUUUGCAUGGGAGCUUCUACACUGGAGAUGCUUACGUGAUCCUGAAUACGAUAAAGAAGAGAGACACCUACUACUACCAACUGCACUUCUGGUUAGGGAAGGAGUGCAGUCAGGACGAGAGCGCGGCGGCGGCGAUCUUGACGGUGCAGCUGGACGAUUAUCUGGGAGGGAAGCCCGUGCAGUUCAGGGAGCUGCAGGGCGUCGAGUCCACAGCCUUCACCAGCUACUUCAAAGGAGGCAUCACCUACAAGACCGGGGGAGUGGCGUCCGGGUUCCAUCACGUCGUCACCAACGAGCUGAGCGCGCGCCGACUCCUGCACAUCAAAGGGCGGCGCGUCGUCAGGGCAACGCAGGUGCCCCUGGGCUGGUCCAGCUUCAACAGCGGAGACUGCUUCAUCCUGGACCUGGGACAUACGAUCUAUCAGUGGUGUGGGGCCAACUGCAAUAAGUUCGAGCGGCUGAAGGCGACUCAGGUGGCACGAGGGAUCCGAGACAACGAGAGUAACGGCCGCGCUCAGCUGAUGGUGGUGGAGGAGGGCAGCGAACCCGAGGCGCUCAUAGAGGUGUUGGGAGAGAAACCGGAGCUGCCCGAGGGAGACGAUGACGAAGAUGUGAGCGCAGACAUUUCCAACAGGAAGAUGGCAAAACUCUACAUGGUGUCUGACGCCUCGGGGUCCAUGCAGCUGACCGUGGUGAAGGAGGAGAACCCCUUCAGACAGAGCGACCUUCUGUCUGACGAGUGCUUCAUCCUGGACCACGGGAAAAACAACAUCAUCUUUGUGUGGAAAGGUCGUAACGCAAACGCCAACGAGAGAAGAGAGGCCAUGAAGACAGCAGAGGGAUUCAUUCAGCAGAUGGGCUACCCCGCUAACACACAGAUCCAGGUUCUGCCGGAGGGAGGGGAGACGCCCAUGUUCAAACAGUUCUUCUUGGGCUGGAGGGACCGAGACGAGAGCGAGGGUCUGGGGAAGGUCUACGUCACCGAGAGGAUCGCUCACAUUCAGCAGGUGGAGUUUGACGCGUCCAAACUGCACCAGUCCCACCACAUGGCGGCGCAGUACAUGGUGGACGACGGCAGCGGGGACACCAAGAUCUGGAGGGUGGAGAGCAGCGGGCGUGUCCCUGUGGACGAGAGCACCUAUGGGCAGUUCUACGGAGGAGACUGUUACAUCAUCCUGUACACCUACGGCGCCCGGCAGAUCAUCUACACGUGGCAGGGGUCCAGCAGCUCCUUGGACGACCUGACCGCCUCGGCCUUCCUCACCGUGGAGCUGGACCGCUCUCUGGGAGGAAACGCAGUACAGGUGAGAGUGUGUCAGGGUAAAGAGCCUCCACACCUCCUCAGUCUGUUUAAAUCCAAGCCCCUGAUCAUCUAUAAGAACGGGACUUCACGUCUGGGAGGAACAGCGCCCCCUCCUGACACGCAGCUCUUCCAGGUCCGACGCAACCUGGCCUCCAUCACCAGGAUCGCAGAGGUGGACGUGUGCGCCGUCAGCCUGAACUCCAACGACGCCUUCCUGCUGAAGCUGGCGGGGGGGCGGGGCUACCUGUGGAUGGGCAAAGGGGCGAGUCAGGAGGAGGAGAAGGGGGCGGAGUAUAUGAGCGAGCAGCUGAAGUGUACGACCACUCGCAUCACGGAGGGAGACGAGCCAGCGGACUUCUGGGAGUCACUGGGCGGCAGGACCGAGUAUCAGACGUCUCCAAACCUGGAGAGUGAAACCAUGGCCCACCCCCCUCGUCUGUUCGGCUGCUCCAACAAGACCGGGAGAUUCAUAAUUGAGGAGGUCCCUGGAGAAUUCACACAGGACGAUCUGGCUGAAGAUGACGUCAUGCUGCUGGACGUGUGGGACCAGGUUUUUGUCUGGAUUGGAAAAGACGCGAAUGAAGUGGAAAAGACAGAAUCCAUCAAAUCAGCGAUCCAGUACAUAAAGUCAGACCCGAGCGGGCGGGACAAGAGCACCCCGCUGGUGGUGGUGAAGCAGGGCCACGAGCCGCCCAUCUUCACGGGCUGGUUUCUGGCCUGGGACCCUCUGCACUGGGACUCUGUGACCAGGAACAUGAAGUCUCUCACUGUGUAACAUAAAACAACAACGAAGGAGCCGUUCAAAACAGUAUCUUGUUUACAUUGUCACUGCUCAUGUAUUACUGAAGCUUUUACGAACUUUUGUGAAUGUCUUUUUUUUUUUUUUUAUCUGUGAGUUUGGCAAAGUGUUCAUAAACGUUUAUUUUAUUUUCUACACUCAGUGCCACUUAAGUCUUAAAGCGACACCAUGUAACUUUGUGGAGAUGCCAAGUUACCCGCAAGAACCCAUGGAAAUAGAAAGGCUAGAUAAGAGUCAGGUUUGUGGAGAUGCGAGCCCACUCAUAGUAAAUAUACAUGUUUUUCUACGCUUUUCAUUGCACAGAAAUAAUCGUAAAAAUCAAUAAAUGUUGUGAUACAUAUUUCCUAUUCAAAAAGUGAAAAAGUAGACUUGAUAUGUUUAUAUUACAAAUUAAAUUAAUGAAAGUGUGACCUCCGAACGAGUGACAAUAUAGGGAAAUACUGAUUAAAUGAAAAGUUAUUGUAGUGAAAGAUUUUAUCAAACAUUACAGAUGUUUUUAUGUAAUAUAUCUCACAAAAGAUUUAAUAUUUUUACUUAGUCUAGUACUGUAAGCCUUAUAUUUGUCAUUUAUUGCACUGCACGUUUUGGAGUAUCAAACUGUUACUCGUUUUUGUUUUAUAAAGUCUAAUUAUGAACCAGGUCAGUUUGGUUUGCAUGAAAAUCUGCGUUAACUAUUACUGCCAAGAAAAAUGCCUUUUGUUGUUUUGAAUUUAUAUAUUCUAUAAUAAAAAAAAUCGAGUAAAAAGUAAA